AUGGUCAACGCCCCGAACAAGGUGCCCCAGUACCAGCGCUUCUACCAGCAAGCCUAUAAGCAGCACACCCGACUGUGGCAGAUUCACCCCCGAAGCAACAUGCUCAUGGUUCCCUACCAGGUCCUCCUCUGGGGUACCCUCGGAGCUUCCUUGUACAUGAUGGGCCGCAAGGUCUUGGGCUACAACACUUGGUUCGGCAAGGCAUAA